UGCGUAACUCAUUGUGAACAAGAUGGCGGAAAAAUCAGCCACCCCCAAUCCUUCUGAAGAUGGGGAAGACAGAAACACAGAGAACAGUUCUCCUGAACAUGAGUUCUCUGUACCAAAGAGGGAAAUCUUGAGCCCCAUGGACAUGGGCAAGUGGCAGAAAUCUCAGGCCUACAGGGACUACCUGGGGUUUGUGCUGACACUGAACGAGGCUGUGAAGGGGAAGUCCAGAACAUGUGAAUGCCAUAUUUCUGAACCAACAGAGAAACUACUGGGCAUUCUGGACACCCUGGACAGAUGGGUGGAUGAGACUCCUCCUGUAGAACAGCCCCAGAGAUUUGGGAACAAGGCCUACCGUACAUGGUUUCAGAGACUAGAAGAGAAUGUGGAGUCCUUAGUCCAGCCCCUGCUGCCUGAGAAGUACCACACUGCAGGGCCUGAGGUGGCUGUGUACCUACGGGAGGGAGUGGGCAACAAGACUAGGAUAGACUAUGGCACAGGACAUGAGGCAGCCUUUACAGCCUUCCUCUGCUGCCUUUUCAAGUUACGGAUCUUCACAGAAAAGGACAUGCUGGCUCUCAUCUUCAGAGUAUUUCACAGAUAUCUGGAGGUGAUGAGAAAGCUGCAGACAGUGUACAGGAUGGAGCCGGCCGGGAGUCAGGGAGUCUGGGGACUAGAUGACUUCCAGUUCCUGCCCUUCCUCUGGGGGAGUUCACAGUUUUUAAAUCAUCCUACAAUAGAGCCCAGACACUUCCCCCAGCUAGAGAUUGUACAGCAUCAUCACACAGAGUACAUGUUCCUGGACUGUAUCAGGUUCAUCAACACAAUGAAGACAGGUCCGUUUGCAGAACAUUCGCACACCCUGUGGGGCAUCAGCGGUGUGCCUUAUUGGGGCAAGGUCAACUCAGGACUCAUCAAGAUGUACAAAGCAGAGGUUCUGAACAAGUUCCCAGUUAUCCAGCAUUUCUUGUUCGGCUCUCUCCUGUCCAUUCAACCUGCAUGACACCUAGAUGUAGAUGUAGAACUCUUUUUCCUCUAUGUGGUGCAGUAUAGUCCAUGCCACUUUCCAAUAAGUGGGUUGUCACCAUUCACUUGCAAAUAAAGUCUUAAAAGAGUGUUUUCAUGCAACAUUGUUGUUGUGUCUACCACCAUGUUGGUGUCCUAAUUUGCAUUUCAGUGCUCAAACAUUUUCAGACAUUAAAAGAUCUACUGACCCUCUUAGUAAUCACUACUAAGAAUACUAAAAAAACUUGCCAGUAAAACACAUAAUGCUGUGUAGACUUAAGCUUGAUAUGCAAAAAGGACACCAACAUAGAGUUCAGCACAUGUCUGUUUCACUGAUAUGGAAAGUGAGAGAAAAGGCUCUAUACAAACUGUGGACCCAGCAAUCCCUCUGUCAAGUGUCAAGUAUGCUUUAAGUUAAGUUGUUUUAUUGUGAAAAUGUUGAUCUAAACAUUUAUAAUGUGUUAUAGCAUGUCGACAGUAGAACCAUGUUAUAUUGUUUCAAAUGUAUCAUCUCACUUCAUUGAGUUGUUUCCUGGAGUCCAACCUCAAAUUUGACAAUAUUGUUCAUUUGUGGACAUUUGGUACCUAACUGGACCUGUUUAAUUGUGAAUUACAUGUACUAGUAUACAUUCUACAGUUCAAAGGUCCUUUGACUGUUUAGAAAAGUCAAUAAAAUCAACACAAA